CCUUCACCUCCCCAAAUGUAAUGAUUUCCGUGAAGAAAAAGCGCUCCCAGGUUCACACCGCGUCAGUGCUGUGAGUCUAGCAGUGGAGCGUCUUUUGUAAGAGUUUGUGAAGAGGCUAUUCCCUGUAAGUAACGGAUCGGCAACAUCACACCGUACGCGCCAUUAAUGUGCGUGGGAUUCUCCAGAUUCUGCAGCGUGAGAAAAACAGCAGGAGCGUCAAAACAUCAUCGGCAGUUUGUUGGUCGCAUGACCCCUUUUCACUUUUUCUUUCACUUCCUAAUAUUGUAGCCUGAACAUUGGAUUCAAGGAGGGCAGUUUUGCAUUUAGUUUUUCGUGCAUUACGCUGAUGCAGUAGUUGCUUGUCUGAUACACAUUCGGAGCAUUUCAACGACCUGUGUGAACCACUCAAUUGUCAGAGAGAAUAGAUGCCGCCGCUUGCAGUAAGGUGACACGUGUCCAAUCAGUUGUUUUCCUCAGGAGAUUUCAGGACUGCUAAAGAUGGGACUUGUUGGGUAGACUACAUCUGGACUGUCAACGGUAGCACAUGUUUGAUUUCCCUUGUUUACCUCCUGAGCAACACACCACAGCUCCCCACGGCCUCUCUGAUUUAUUGUCUGGUGGGUGUUUAGAGCCAGCCCUGCGCCUCCUCCCUCCACUGGCUGAUCUACUGGAAGAGAGCCAAUCUUCAAAUUGGCCAAUAUUUCCCAACAUGAAUUUCGACCAGAUCCUCUCUGCCGUCGGAGGCUUCGGGAAAUAUCAGAAAAUAUUGUACAUAUGGAUCUGUUUACCCCAGAUCCUCCUCGCCUUCCACAUGAUGGUGAGUAUCUUUACCGGAGCCACGCCGCCCCAUCACUGCCGGAAGAGCCCGAGCUCAGAAGCCGAGAAUAAGUCCUCCUUCCCCGGUACACUCAGCCUGAAUUACAGCCUCUCGGAUUCCUCCUGCUUCUCUUCCGAUGUUCUGCUGCAUGGCAACCGGACUGAGCGCGUCCCAUGUGGUCACGGAUGGGUGUACAGCAAGGAAACUUUCCAGAGUACAACAGUCAGCGAGUGGGACCUGGUGUGCGACAAAGCUGGACUCAACAGUCUCAGUUCGUCUAUCUACAUGUUUGGCCUGUUGGUGGGAUCGGUCGUGUUUGGAGCCAUGGCCGACAGGUACGGCCGACGUUUCAUCCUGCUGCUUUCCAUCGCUCUUCAGACUGUGUUUGGAGUCGCUGUGGCCUUUGCACCCAACUUCCACGUCUAUGUGAUUCUUCGUUUUGUAGUUGGCACCACGAUAUCUGGAGUGAUCAUCAAUGCCUUUGUACUUGGCACUGAGUGGACAUGCACAAAGAGGCGCAUGCUAGCUGGUAUCAUCACCGACUACGCAUUUGGUCUGGGCUACAUGCUGCUAGCAGGCGUAGCAUACUUGAUACGAGACUGGAGAAAGUUGCAACUGGCUAUAUCAGCCCCAGGCUUCCUGCUCAUCUUCUAUAUAUGGGUGCUGCCUCACUCCGCCAGAUGGUUGCUGGCCAAUGACAGGAGGGAGGAAGCCAUCGCACUCCUCCGCAAGGCGGCACUUGUUAACGGCCGUGUGUUACCUCCCACUGUACAGGUUGAGAAGAUUUUAGUUGGAGGGAAGCAAAGUCAUUCAGCAGUGGAUCUCGUACGAACACCUCAGAUGAGGAAAAGGGCUAUCAUCUUGUUCUACAUCUGGUUUGUGAAUGUGCUGGUGUAUUACGGCCUCUCACUGGGUGUGUCCAGGUUGGGGACAAACCUCUACUUGACACAGUUUGUGUUUGGGUUGGUUGAGAUCCCGGCUCGUUCUCUCGUCCUGCUUGUCCUGCCCUGCAGUCGCCGACUCUCCCAAAGCGGAUUUCUGGCUGUUGGAGGGCUCGCCUGUCUGCUGAUGCUUGCUGUCCCUGCAGAUUAUCCCAAUUUCCUGACGGGUCUUGCCAUGGUAGGGAAGUUCGGAAUAACAGCUUCCUUUGCUGUAAUCUAUGUGUACACUGCUGAGAUAUUCCCCACGGUGCUUCGGCAAACCGGAAUAGGUGUAUCCUGUAUGUUUGCGAGGAUGGGCGGUGUGUUAGCACCCACGAUUAACAUGCUUGAUAACGACAGCCCCACUACACCUCUGGUCAUCUUCGGCACCUGCCCGCUGGUGGGUGCUGUCCUGGCCCUGGCACUGCCCGAAACCGCUGACAGACCUCUUCCUGACACAGUGGAGGAGGCAGAAAACUGGGAUAUGAGGUUGCCUCCCAACAAGGAGAAACCUGAGAUGUCUGAGGAUAUCAGCCAAUCAGCCAGCAGCACAGAGGAGCAGGAGCUACGACAUCUUGCGAGCCAGGCCUAACUGUGUGUAAAAGGAUGCACACAUUACAUUAUUCACAUAUUAUAGAGCCUCAACGUUGUUACCAGAUACAGUACUUAACAUAACAUCCUCUAUGCAAUUACAUGUCUGAAUCUGAUUAAGAGCUCUAUGCAAGAAAGCAUUUUACCCACCAAACUAGCAUUCAUACACACACAAAGCAGGUAUUCAUAUAUGGUGAAACGACAAAUCAAUAGCCUACUGUUUUACCAGAUGCAGGUAAAGAGUCAGGAAUAAAUAGUUGUCCUUUGCAAUCUGUGCAUUUCUCAUGUGUUUACAUAUCUAUUGCAAUGUUGAGAAGUGAACUGGUAUAAUAUUUAAGACAAAAAAAAAACAGUCCCACAAAAGACUUUGCAGACAUAGAUUUCAUACUUGUAUUUCUAAAUCUACAGGAAUCAGCUCAGAGCUCAACUUUCUAAACAUGUGCAGAAGAAGACUUUAGCAGACUGCCGCUUCCUCUAAUGCAGUACACAUAGUUCCAUUGUGCUACUAUUGUUACAACUAGUAAAAGCACGUGAAUAUUUUUGUAGUGCACCAAGUGUACCAUUUCUGUGGACUGUUUGUGGAAGAUCUUUGUUGUAUCUUUAUGCUGUAAUGAACAAGCAACUGCCUCAUUUUCUAUGUUCUCAUUCUCAAAGAGAAGCAAAACUAGUCCAGUGACAUUGCAUGUAGUCUGUUUUAUUAUCAUAUUAUCUAAUGUAGCGUCAUGUUUGACUACAGUAAUGUAAUUAAUUUGUAGUUUUGUAUGGAAAGUGACUGAUCAGCAUGUAAAGAGAUAUUUCAUAUCAGCACUGUUUGACUUGAAUCUGUGAAAUAUCAAGAACAUAUUACAAGUUUUAAAGGGCUAUUAUGGUGUAUAAAAAUUAGUGCUACAUAAAAAAAAAAUAAAAAAAAAAUAUAAAGACAUGGAUCAGAAGCACAGGUCAUGUAAUGUAUGUUACUCAAGCAAAAGAAGUUAGAGUCUACAAAAUCUAUUAUUCCUAUUGCAAAGAAAUGUGAGGCUAGUAUAUUUUGAAAGCCUAAAAUGUGUGGAAGGGAUAACCAGUUAUUCCACUGCAUGAAUUUAGAAAGCAUGCCAGUAGGUUAGAUCAAUCAGAGAUGUCACAGAAACCAAAUAUUGGAAAACAUUCCAUUGUUUUAUUGCAUUGAUUCCAGUCCAUUUGAAUGCAACAAAUUAUAAAGUGAAAUGUACUUUGUGCAGCUAAAACAAAGGCACUGUAGCUUUGUGCCUCCAGCAAUAAACUUGUCAAAACCAUG